GCCGCCCCCGCCCCGCGCCCGCGCCCGCGCCUCCCGCGCGCAACAGUUCCCCCAAAGUUGCAGCCGGGGAGGCGCGAAGCCGGCGGGGGACGCGGCCUUGGCCCGGCGCGCGCAGCCCCAGGCGGGCGGCGGCAUGGGCACUCGGCAGACCAAGGGCAGCCUGGCGGAGAGAGCCAGCCCGGGCGCGGCGCCCGGCCCCCGCCGCGAACGACCCGACUUCUGGGCGUCGCUGCUGCUGCGCGCCGGGGACAAGGCGGGGCGCGCGGGCGGUGGGCUACCCCCCUACCACCGGCGCGUCGGCAUGGUCCAGGAGCUGCUGCGGAUGGUGCGCCAGGGCCGGCGGGAGGAGGCGGGGACGCUGCUGCAGCACCUGCGCCAGGACCUGGGCAUGGAGUCAACCUCCCUGGAUGAUGUGCUGUAUCGUUACGCCAGCUUCCGGAACCUGGUGGACCCCAUCACACAUGACCUCAUCAUCAGUCUGGCACGCUACAUCCACUGCCCCAAGCCGGAAGGUGAUGCAAUGGGUGCCAUGGAGAAGCUGUGCCGGCAGCUGACUUACCACCUUAGCCCUCAUUCACAGUGGAGGAGACACCGAGGGCUGGUGAAGAGGAAGCCACAGGCCUGCCUUAAGGCCCUCCUUUCUGGGAAUCCUCCAGACAACAUGGUGGAUCUGUCAGGCAUUCCACUGACUUCACGGGACCUGGAACGGGUGACCAGCUAUCUUCAGCGCUGCGGAGAACAGGUGGACAGUGUGGAGCUGGGCUUCACGGGCCUGACAGAUGACAUGGUCCUGCAGCUACUGCCAGCACUCAGUACCCUGCCUCGUCUCACCACACUAGCCCUCAAUGGCAACCGACUGACCCGGGCUCUGCUGAGGGACCUCACUGACACCCUGAAGGACCCCAGCAAGUUCCCCAAUGUCACAUGGAUUGACCUGGGCAACAAUGUGGACAUCUUCUCACUACCCCAGCCCUUCCUGCUAAGCCUUCGGAAGCGCUCUCCAAAACAGGGCCACCUACCAACCAUCCUAGAGCUGGGUGAGGGGCCAGGUACUGGGGAAGAAGCCAGGGAAAGUCAGCAGGACCCUAUAGGGAGCUCUGUGACACCUGCCAGGGGCCAUGAGAGUCAAGAGACUGUGAUUCAGACAUGAUAUGGAAAAAGGGGUUCUAAGCAGGAAAUCCUGGAUGGCUAAGGCAGGUUAGGGGUCCCUUCUAUCAGGAGAACACCUGACAAGCCUACCCAGCUCUCACCAGGAUGAAAUCAGAGUACUAACCGUUUGUCCUCAAACCCAACUCCCAGUACUUGCUCAAGGGGUUCUGAUGUUUCCAUUCAGCUGUCCUAGAACAGUGAGUGCAUCUGGACCAAAAGUUAUCAGGCCCACUUACAAUUAAGGCAGGUAACAUAGGAACCUAUUCCAAGACUCUUGGAACGUCUACUUUCCUAUUCCCAGGGCCUUCUUGAAGGUAGUGUUUCAGGAUACCAAGUGUGGAAAGCCCAGUUCAAGCUGUAGUGGCAAUCUUACUGUGUAGGGCUAUACCUUGCCUGGUUUCUUUACCCAUCAACCAGUACAACUUUUCUACCAGCUGUUUCAGGCCCUUCUCCCAUAAUCUAGUCCUCCCUGUAUUGGCUUUUCAAACUUAUUUACCAAGGCUCCAGACCAGUUAAGUCCUAGUUAGCAAAGAGGGAGAACUGGGGGUUCUUAGCACUCAAACACUCCUAGUCCCUAACAGUGAGCAACUGCUCAUCCACUUAAACCCAAGAACUAUUAUCAAUAUCUGAACUCAGUUACGGGAAAGCACAGCCUUACAGGCCAGGUUAGCAAACUAGUUUAUAGGAUCUGGACAAGAUGGUGUCUUGGCAUGGUACUGCACAAAUGCAGCCAAGGACAGGAAUUGAGUGUGGGUGCCUUACAUGCUUUGGAACCUUUAAGUCUUAGGUUGUGAGAACAGCCUAGACUGACUAGAAGUUUACAAUGCUAAAGCUGGACUGUUUAACACCUGACACUCGACUUUACUCUGCAAAUACAUGUUUUUAAGGACCAA